UCGUCAUUUCGGGGUCUUCAGCGCUUUGUACGCUCAUCAUUUGGCCAUUUCUUGCUCGGCUGGCAACGAAACCAAAAGUGAUUGUUAAGUGCGCGCAUAACCGUGAAGUGUUUCAGUGCUCGAUUCGCUAGUCAGUCAGUCAGUCAGUUAUUCUGUUUAAUACGACAACAACAACAACAACAGCAACAAACAAUACUACGUACGAUCUGCCCUCCCAUUUCAUUUUACUUGCACAUGCAGGUGUUCAUUUGAUUGCGGCUCCGGUGUAUAUAUGUACAUACGCAUAUAUUGAUACGAAUAUUGAAUAUUGAACAGCGAAAGGAAUUGAUAAUCAAAUAUUCAGUGCACAAAAUUUACUAAAAACACAAAAACAAAAUAAACGACACCAACAGAUACAAAUUAAAGCAAAAAUGCUGCUAAAAAUUCAAUUGGUAUGCUGUCUGGCGCUACUGGCCCAAGCGCAGAACACCAUCGAACAACUGCCGGCCGAUCCCAAUGGUGAGUUGCUGUUCGAGACUGCACACAAGCGACCUGAAGAAGCCAGCGAAUUCCAGACAUCACAUAAAAUUCCCAGACACUCAUUCUUACCCGACUCCGAGUUGGAUUUACUGCAGGGCACCAUGAAUUUAUUGCCGACAAAGGAGCGCCCCGAGCUGAAUCCCGUUUUGAGUGCACUCAUCAAUGAGGAUGUAAUGAAGAGCAUCGAAGCGAAACGUGCCAUUGAAAAGGAGGAGUUGGAGCAAAUUAAAGCUGAGCUGGAUGCAGCGCGUAAUAAGAAAGAGAAGGAGCAAAAAGGCGAGGAUAGCGAACGCGUUGCUGAAGCCACUUAUGCUGUAUUGACGACAGCAGCGCCCAUUAAGAAGGCGGAACUCGAUGAAGAUUUUAAUGUUGGUUUCGUCGAUCAGGCUAUCAAUUUGGAUGCGGCCGGUUCGGAGAGUAAUAAAAAGUCACGUAUUGAAAUUAAGAAGGGACCAAACGGACAAGACUACGAAUACGAAUAUGUUUACUAUUAUGAAGAUGAGGAAGAUGCCAAACCUUCAGAAGCGCCAGUCAAGGCCGAUUCGAGUGAACGCGGCAAGUCACGUUACAGCAAUAUUGAACGCACUACAGCAGCGCCAGCUAGUAAUAGUAUUGUCAGUAGCAAAGCCAAGGGACGCUCAUCGAGCAUUGCGUCAGACAGCGGCGCCGACGAUGUGGAGGCCGAACGUUUGCCUGCCAAUACACGUUUUCCCAGUCGCGGCAAAAAUGUUGAGCCAACACCUGCUAUAGAUUCGCUUGAGAAUGCUGCCGAAAAGAAAAAGAUCAGCGUAAAGCGGCCGAGUCUGGAGCUGGUUGACAGUGCGACCUUCAACACGGACGAGAAACAAGUGAAGGGCAUUCGCAAUAGCGAUACCGAAACAAAAUCAGCAAUUGCCAUUGAACAAGAGACAGCAGCCGCUGCCGCUGCAGCUGAGAAGAAGCAGGCUGAGGAGAAACAACGUCGCCAGCCCACCAUAGGCAGUGAUGAAGAGAGUGCAACCGUUAAAGAUGUGGCUGAUGAAGAGGUAGAGCAGACUACGCUGUCGAUGGAGAAAGCCGCUCUCGAUCUGUAUGCCAUACUACAAAAUGAGAACUUUAAUAUGGAUAUGACAACUGAUGCCGAUACCGAGGUCACCACCGUAUUGCCAGACACCACCAAUCCCGAUGAUGUCGCUAUGACUACACUUAUUGAUGAGGAGCCCAGCUCAACCACGACUACUACAACUACCACAACCACAGAGGCGACAACCACCACAACAACAACUACAACCACAGCCGCACCAACAUUGUUUGGUGGCAAACGUCCGGGCUUGAAUUCGGCCGGACGUAAUCGUUUCAAGUUGAAUAAGGGCGGCAAGAGUGAGGCGAGCACAACGACCACAACAGAGGCGCCACCAUCGGAAGCACCGAAAACAGGCAAAAAUCGUUUCUCACGUCCAUCGAUUGGCGGACGCGCACGUCCAGGCGCACGCACCACCACUGCAGCCCCUGCAGCAGCUGGCGAAGAAGAGGAGGAAGUGGCCGCUCCCAAGGAAGUGAAACCAGUGAGCAGCGGUUUCGGACGUGGCAGACCACGCAAUCGUUUCAACUUACGCAGCACGACUACCACCGAAAAACCCGCCGCCGCUGCCGCUGAUGGAGAGGAAGCUAACGAGGAAGCAACCGUAUCAAGCACAACCGCACGUGCACUUCGUGGCGGACGUCCACAAAUAGGCCUACGUGGUCGCAGCCGCACAACAACUGCCAAACCCGCUGCCACCGAAGAUGAGCACAAAGAAGACGAAGCGGCUGCCAGUGGUGCUGAAGAGAAACCAGCACCAGCACCAGCGAAACCUGCCUCACGUUUCGCCCGUCCUAGUGCUAAUCGCUUGUUGCCGCGCGGUAAAUUGGCGCGCACCACUGAAGCGCCAUCAGCUGAUGAUUCAGCUGCGGACAGCAGUCAUCACAAUGAUGUUAAAGGUGAAGAAAAUGGAGAGGAGCACGCUGAAAAGGCGGCCGAGACGGAAGCUAAGCCCGCAGGUCACCAUGGACUGAAUCGUCUGAAGACGCGUCCACAAUUGCAUAAGACUGAGAACGCCAAAUCCAAGGCGGCACCAGCGUCAGUGGCGCCACGUAAAAUCAAUCCACUGUUGGCUAAGCGUCGUCUGCAGCUCGGACACUCCACAACGGAAGCGCCCGCCGAGGAGGACAAUGCCACCGCCGCCGAAGAAACAAAAACAGAAGAGGAGAGUGUACCAGCCGCUGCUGCCUCAGCUGAUGCGCCUGCCACCGAUGAUAGUGCCAAGGAUGCCGAGGCGAGUGACACCGCCGAAACGACAACAAAACAACAAGCCCGCGGUCUUGGACUACUCACGCAAAGAAGGCGCCUGCCGCUGCGCAAACCCGGCACAAUACUGUAAAUUUAUUGAGCGUCUGUGUGAUGAAUGAAAUUCCGGUGUGCGUGCGUAAGUGUGAGUGUAUUGGUAUGCGAGUGCGCGUAAAAAGCAGCGCCUAAAAGCAGCAAAGAUUGAUAAAGGUGGAGAAAAGGCGCUGAAACUUUUUGCUACCACUGAACUGUUGCCUGAGCCCAUAUGCCGCACAACGCCACGCCGCCCGAAUCGAUUUUUUAUAAAGAGGGAAAACAUAAUGAAAAAAAUUUAAUAUAACAUUUGAUAAUUUUACUAUUUGUUAUUUGUAGUUUGAAGUAGAAGCGAAUGAUGAAAAAAUACUCGUUAGAAAAGAUAAAAAUUCUUUUGGCUUGUUUUCGGCCACAGUCGAUUUUUUUUAUUAAUAAAUAUUUAAAAUAUAUUUUUUUUAUGAAUACAUACAUAAAUAUGUAUGUUAUGUACGGCUCGUAUGUGAACUAAUUAAUUACGAGUGGAAAAAUAUGCCCCCAAUUCUAUACGCCACAGCGAGUGUUGUAUGAAGUACUUACGAUCACAUGCAUGUGCGUGCAAACAGGUAUGUAUACAUAUGAACAUGUAUGCAUGUACAUAUAUAAAAUAACGAUGUACGCGUAUUUUAAGUGUGUACCUUUUAUAUUGUAUAAGCAUUUAUAAUUACAUACACACAUACAUGUUUACAUAAAAAUAUAACUGUAAAUGUAA